AUGGCAGAUCCCAACGCACCUGAUGCCAUAGUCGCAGCUGAUGAAGAGUCAGCUUACCAGUGGCCUGCUCGCCAUCAGUUGGCGAGUUGCUGGGAGGAAAAUGGUAUUGUGAGGCAGAAUUUGAGGGAUACUGGGAGAAUGCUUCUGUGGCCCAAUCGGGAUUCGACGGGCAUUGCAACCCUUGCAGCUUUGAGUUCCAACCGGGUGAUUGUGGCUAAUGCGCUGACCAUUUGGGCAACCCACUGUUUUUCAGAAGCCAAAUCUCCCCCAGUGGAAUGGCUGAAGGACGAGGAUCCACGUUUGCAUUCGCUUAUGGAUUCUAUGACUGACCAUUGGGGUCACUUGCUCACAGCCCCAGACCCUGAAGCCGGGGAAGAGCCACCUCAGGGCGGUGAGGUCGUUGCAGAUCAUGAGGAACCUGCCGGCGAGGUGGUGCCAGCUGAUGCGGACAUGCUUCGAGCAUCACGUGCCCUUCUUGAGGCCAAGCGUGAGGCGAUUCUGAAGCUUGGUUUUAUGAUGUUAGGGUGGGGUGUGUCUUAUAAGUAUAAUAUAUAA